GACUGCGGAAAUGUUUUUAUCAAUAAAUUAAUAAAUAUCUAACUCAUAAUUACCUAUCUCACAAGUUUAAAUCAUGUGAGAAAAGAAAUUAAUAGAAAUUCUUACUAUAAUAUUUUCGGAAUUUCAAUUUAAAAAUGGUAUUUAAUCCGGCAGUUACUGUGCGAAGAAUAGAUGUUUUGAUUCGUAUAUUAAAUGGUCGUAAAACACAUAAAUUGCAACCAAAUUUUGUGCGCGCUUACUCGGACGAAGGAAAGGUGACUAUAGGAAAUGUUAGUAAAGAGAUUAGAUCGCCUAAAAAAAUAGAAUAUGUACCUAGGAAGUAUUUGACUGUAGAGAGUUCUGAAUUAAGAAAUCUAUCACAAAGUGCUCUUCGGAACCUAAGAUGGAUGAUGCAAAAAGAUUUACUUGGUCAAGACAUGUUUCUUUUGGGACGACCUGGACCAAGCAGACGAAAAGUAGCUCUGCAGUACUUGGAGUUAACACAGAGAGAGUUGGAAUAUGUGGCUCUCUCUCGAGACACCACAGAAGCUGAUCUGAAACAAAGAAGGGAAAUUCAAAAUUCAACUGCUAAAUAUUUUGAUCAGAGUGCAGUCCGUGCAGCUACAGAAGGAAGAAUUCUUGUUAUAGAAGGCAUAGAGAAAGCUGAACGAAAUGUGUUGCCAGUCUUAAAUAAUUUGUUAGAAAACAGAGAAAUGCAUCUUGAGGAUGGCAGGUUUUUAAUACCAUCGUCAAGAUAUGAUAAAUUACUAGAGGAGCAUGGACCUGAAGAAAUAUCAAAAUGGCGUUUAGUUCGAGUUGAUGAAAACUUUAGAGUUAUUGCCUUGGGGCUUCCGGUGCCUCGGUAUACAGGGCAACCACUUGAUCCUCCACUCAGGUCAAGAUUUCAGGGAAGAGAUGUUGCUACAGUUGGGUUUGGGGAGCAUUUAGCUACAUUAAAGGAAGAAGUGCCCGGUGUGGACACAACUAAGUUGGAACAGGUUAUGUCGGCUGCCUAUGCGCUCAUCAGCCCUGAAUUACAGGAAGUCAGCUUACCAGACUUCCCGAUAGACAACCUUCAUGCUGCAGCCCUAAUUCUGAAAGAUAACCCAAACAUCCCACCACAUACACUUCUAUACUUAUUAUAUCCAUACAAGACCUUCAUAUCCAAAGAACACGCUAAAAACGUUGAGACAGUAUUAGAUAAUCUUAACAUAGAAACGAAACCAAAGUGGAAUAUUAGUUUACAAUGUGUAGAAGUUAAAGAAAAACAGGCUUUAGUUAGUAUGGAGAUUAAUGGUGCUAAGAGCGAAUUUACCGUGCCCUGUGGUGACCGUAGAAGUAGGAGAGAAGAGAAAGGAAUUGUAAAAACAGAGUAUCAGAGUCGGCUUCUGAACGAACUGCUUUUGAGUCAUAGUGCUGGUGAUUUUUGUGUUAUUGGACCAAAAGGCUGUGGUAAAAGCCUUCUGAUCAGCCAACUCGCUUCCUUAUUAGGCUAUACAAUAGAGCCUAUAGUCCUAUACCAGGAUAUGACGGCGAGAGAUUUGAUUCAACAGCGUACUACAUUGGCAAAUGGCGAUACUGUGUGGAGGAAUUCUGCCCUCGUUGAAGCGGCUUUAAAAGGCCGAUUGGCAGUGUUGGACGGAUUACAUAGAAUACACGCUAGCACGCUUGCAGUUUUGCAUAGAUUAGUCCACGAUAGAGAGUUGCAGUUACACGAUGGAACUCGUCUGAUCCGCCAUGACAGAUAUGAUGAGCUCAUCGCGUCAGGAAUGUCUCCUAAACAAUUAGAGGAAAGUGGGGUCAAGAGGAUACAUCCCGCUUUUAGGAUAGUAGCACUAGCAGAGCCACCAGUACUCGGUCGUGGCCCUCACUGGCUGUCACCGGAGAUACUCAGCCUCUUCAUAUUCCACGAGAUGAGAAAUCUUAGCAAAAAUGAAGAAAUAUUUAUUAUCGAUUCCUUGUAUGGAGACAUAUCAGAACCUCUUCAUUUCAUAAUAGAUUUAGCAGACCAACUACGAUACUCCAAUGACACAACACUGAGUAAUCUCGCAUCUUCACUCUCCACUCGACAACUGUUAAGAAUCGCGAGUAGAAUGUCCCAUUACCCAACAGAUUCCGCAUACGAAACAAUUCAAAGGACAUUUUUGGCUAAAUUCCUCCCUAACUUAGCGCGGCGAGCGCUAGAUGGCGCCAGUCAAAAGAUCGGCAUCGAACAACCGCGACAUUUCGGAAAGUUUAAUGAGAAAAAAGUGAAGUGCUCAACACAAAAUGGCGUCCUCACCAUCGGGGAUACAACCACGGAGGUAUACAAAACGGAUGCCCUGACAAAAGUACCAGACAUUUUGUUCUAUGACGUCCCACAGCACGUGAGAUUAUUGGAGUGGUUGUUACAAGACUUCCUGCUGGGAAAUCAUUUGCUUCUAGUGGGGAAUCAAGGCGUGGGGAAGAAUAAAAUCGCAGAUAGAUUAUUGCAGCUCCUAAAUCGGCCUAGGGAGUAUAUUCAGCUCCACAGAGAUACCACGGUUCAGUCCUUGACGGUGCAACCCACGGUGCGAGAUGGGGUCGUCAUAUAUGAAGACUCGCCCCUGGUGAAGGCGGUCAAAAACGGACAUAUCCUGGUGGUGGAUGAAGCGGAUAAGGCACCCACGCAUGUGACGUGUAUCUUGAAGACCUUGGUGGAGAAUGGGGAGAUGAUUUUGAGCGAUGGCAGGAGGAUUGUGCCAAAGGAUAUGAUUGAUAGCUCGGGCGGUGAUGUGGCGAGUUUCAUUCCGGUACAUGAUGACUUUAGGAUGAUAGUGUUGGCGAAUCGACCAGGUUUUCCGUUUUUGGGGAACGACUUCUUUGCUUCUCUCGGGGAUCUAUUCUCGUGUCACGCGGUGGACAAUCCCUCAAUAGAAUCGGAAUUAGAAUUACUGAGGUCGUAUGGACCAAACGUACCCGAAGACGUUAUGAAGAAAUUGGUGCAAGCUUUCGCGUUACUGAGGAACAUGGCAGACCAGGGCCAGCUGACGUAUCCUUACUCCACAAGAGAGCUGGUUAAUAUUGUCAGGCAUUUGCAGAAAUAUCCAGACGAGGAUCUGGCUACGGCGAUUGGUAAUGUGUUCGAUUUCGAUCGAUACAGCAAAGACAUGUCCGACACGUUACUAGAGGUUCUACAUUCGAGUGGUCUCCCCACCGAAGGAGUGCUGGAAGGCAGAUCUAAAGAUGCCUUGAAGAAGAUUCAGCUUACUGUCGAGAGGACUAGUGGGCAAGAUGUAUCAUCACCAAAACAUGGAAAGGAAGAUCCCAAAAAUGAGCCACACGUAGGUGGGAACACUUGGGCGGGUGGAACUGGUGGGAGGGAUACAGCUGGCUUGGGCGGCAAGGGCGGACCGUACAGGUUGGAUAAGGGGCAUGAUGUUCAUCAGUUGUCAGAUGCCGAAAAAGAUGACAUUCCGGAUCACGUGAAGGAUGCUGCGCGUGCGAUGAACAGAAAAGCCUUUGCGGAGCGUCUCAAGGAGAUCAAUAUGAGUGAAUACGAUGCGAAAUUGUAUGGACAGUUCUUAAGAGCUGUUCAACCACAGAUAAGUGCUUUAAGGGGUGUAUUGGCGGAGUUGCAAGCGAAGAAAAAGGAGAGACAAUGGAGUAGACACCAAACUAGUGGGGAAUUGGACGAUGGCAAAAUUAUCGAAGGUAUUACAGGUGAGAAAUCAAUUUAUAGGCGUCGGACUGAACAAGAUCCGCCCCCGGGUUCUCCCCCGGAGAAGCCGAAGCGGUUAAGAGUUGUUCUAGAUGUUUCUGGCAGUAUGUAUAGGUUCAAUUCGUUAGACGGACGUCUGGAACGUUCGAUGGAGGCUGUAGUUCUCCUAACGGAGGCUCUGAAGGGGUACGAGACCCGAAUAAGAUAUGACAUGUUUGGGCAUUCCGGGGAGGAACACGCCCUGGAGUUGAUACGAGUGGACAGACCGCCCCAGAACGAAAAAGAAAGGUUGCAGAUAAUCCGCACGAUGCAUGCGCAUGCGCAGUUCUGCUGGUCGGGAGACAACACGUUGUCAGCCGCUAGUCACGCAAUCUCUACGUUGGCAAAUGAAGACACCGAUGAAUCUAUUGUUCUUAUAUUAUCUGAUGCCAAUCUACGCAGAUAUGGCAUCCCACCAGAGAAAUUGGGAAGUAUCGUGACGUCAGAUCCCAGAGUUCAAGCUCACGUUAUCUUCAUCGGUGGUCUCGGGAAUGAGGCUGAUAUGAUUCGACGUAAAUUGCCGGCGGGUCAUGCGCACAUAUGCUUGGAUGUCGCAUCACUGCCACAGAUAAUGCAACAAAUAUUUGCUUCGUCAUUACUACAAAAUUCAUGAUUU